AUGCUGUUAGGCUAUUUGAAGCAUGUUACCAACCGCUGUGUGCAGCUUGCCCUUCCUGAUUAUCUCUCUAAUACUGGAUCUCGCCUGGAGGUAUUCUCUUAUGGCUUUCCCGCCUUGCAAAACGCGCCCAUACAACGUGAAUCUAAUUUCAAAGAGCGCUGGAACUCAUCACUUCAACUUGAUGAGAUGGAUAACAUGUUAUGUGCUUUUGGAGACUGGAUAGAAGAUGAUUAUCGAAGUUAUAAGAAAAGUUCCGGUACUUUACCCUUGAUGAAGGAAGGCUUCAAGGUAGAGAAUCAUUACUUUGUUGGUCUCCUCUUCUGGAAAAGUGAUAUCGACAUGGAGAUGCCCUCCAAACUUGCCAAUCAAUUUGCCAUUCUAGCAAAGAGGCAAACACUGCGAUUACCCCUAAGACCGAACAAAUGCGCUAUGAAGGACCAAAUACUUCAUUGCAAAAAAAAUUGUCAGGACUCUAUUCGUCUUGCCUGUGAAGACAAGGUGCAUAUAGAAUCAAUGAAAGCGUCCUGGGAACCCCAUAAUACACGUCUCGUUCCCAGUCCGGCUGGCAAUUGGAACCGAAUGGGGUCAAUGACACAGUACGGACUGCCUCAGAUGUUCGAACAGCGCACUCGUGAAUCGAACACUGUACUUGAAGUGAUCGCUUUUCGCAUUCUGCAACAAAGUGCCCAUUUCGAGAAGCUAUUUGCAGACUUUCGUAUUGCUAUUUGGAAGCUACGGGACCGCCCUGGUGUCUUCCGGGCCUCUGAUCAUAAUAAUCCUACUCGAGUAUUCCUACUAGCUGGUGCGUAUUCAUAG